UUUUUCAUCUCCCUCAUUAGUCUUUCUUGCUCCUCUUGAAACCCUAGACCUCGCCAGAAUUCUUCUUGGCUCUGCUGUUUUUCUCUCUCAUCUGAGGUUUCUCGUGGUCCGAUCACCGAUUUGAGCUUGAUUCAGAGUUUAGUCAGCCAGUAUGUCCUCGAUGAGCAAAGAAUUGGUGUUUCUCAUACUCCAGUUCCUGGAGGAGGAGAAAUUUAAGGAAGCUCUUCACAAGCUUGAACAAGACUCUGGAGUUUUCUUCAACAUGACAUAUUUUGAGGAGAAAGUACAAGCUGGGGAAUGGGAUGAAGUUGAAAAGUAUCUCUCCGGCUUUACAAAACUUGAAGACAAUCGGUUCUCCUUAAAGAUAUUUUUCGAAAUCAGGAAGCAAAAGUACCUUGAAGCACUUGAUAAGCAAGACAAAGCAAAGGCUGUUGAGAUUCUAGUGGGUGAUUUGAAAGUGUUUUCGGCAUUUAAUGAAGAGUUAUACAAAGAAAUUACACAGCUCUUAACACUUAGCAACUUCAGGGGAAAUGAGCAGUUGUCGAAGUAUGGCGAUACAAAAACAGCUCGUAGCAUUAUGUUUAUAGAGCUUAAGAAAUUAAUAGAAGCCAAUCCAAUUUUUCACGAGAAGCUGGUGUUUCCUACUUUAGAAGCUUCAAGACUGCGGACACUAAUAAAUCAAAGUUUGAACUGGCAGCAUCAGCUCUGUAAGAAUCCAAAGCCAAACCCUGAUAUAAAGACGUUGUUCAUUGACCAUACAUGCACAUCAGCAAAUGGAGCUCUUGCUCCUGCUCCUGUUCACAUUCCAGCUGUUGCAGUUGCAAAGCCUACUGCUUAUUCAUCUCUUGGAGGUUACAGUCAGCUACAGCCAUUUCCACCAGCUGCAUCGACUGCUAAUGCUAAUGCCUUAUCAGGUUGGAUGGCAAAUGCUGCUGCUUCCUCAUCUGUUCAAGGAGCUGUUGUUACUGCUUCCUCCUUACCUGUACCACCAAACCAAGUUUCAAUACUGAAACGGCCAAUAACACCGUCAGACACUCUAAAUAUGGCUGAUUAUCAGACUGCUGAUCAUGAGCAGCUAAUGAAACAAUUGUGGCUUGCACAACCAAUUGAGAAGAAUGGGAUUGAUUCUAUGGCUAGAAGCUUGGAAAAGACAAGAAUAUUGGAUGAUGCAAUUGAUAAAUCAAAACCGUGGCAGUUGACUGAAUUUGUAGAUCCUGGUCAAUGCCGGCAAGUUACUAUGCCAGAGAGCACAACUGCAGCCCACAAGGUUGCUAGACUUCUCUAUACAAAUUCUGGAGUGGGCCUACUGGCACUUGGAUCUUCCGGUGUACAGAAGUUAUGGAAGUGGGGUCGCAGUGAACAAAAUCCAAGUGGAAAGGCCACGGCCAACGUUGUUCCACAGCAAUGGCAACCAAAUAGCGGUCUUCUUAUGGCAAAUGAUGUAUUGGGGGUCAACAUUGACGAGGCAGCUCCAUGCAUUGCGCUAUCGAAGAACGAUUCUUAUGUAAUGUCGGCUUGUGGAGGAAAAGUUUCGUUGUUUAACAUGAUGACAUUUAAGGCGAUGGCAACAUUUAUGCCGCCUCCACCUGCUUCAACAUUUCUAGAAUUUCAUCCUCAAGACAAUAACAUCAUGGCCAUAGGAAUGGAGGAUUCUACUAUCCACAUAUAUAAUGUUAGAUUGAACGAGGUAAAAUCAAAACUUAAAGGUCACCAGAAGCGUAUAACUGGCUUGGCUUUUUCAACCAUUCUUAAUAUAUUGGUUUCAUCUGGUGCUGAUGCUCAGCUAUGUGUUUGGAGCAUUGAUACAUGGGAGAAGAAGAAAUUUGUUCCAAUACAAUUGCCUGCUAACAAGUCUCCAAGUGGAGACACUAGAGUCCAGUUUCAUUCUGACCAGAUCCGGUUGUUGGUAUCCCAUGAAACCCAAUUAGCUAUAUACGACGCAUCAAAAAUGGAUUGUAUACAUCAGUGGUUCCCACAGAAUGCCCUCUCAGCUCCCAUAUCGUAUGCUGCAUUUUCCUGCAAUAGCCAACUAGUGUAUGCUUCUUUCUGUGAUGGCAACAUUGGGAUACUUGAUUCAGAUGGCCUGAGGCUGCGAUGUCGAAUUUCUCCAUCUGUAUACUUGUCCAAAGCAGUUUUAAGUGGGAAUCAAGCCGUGUACCCAUUGGCGGUUGCAGCGCAUCCGCAAGAGCCAAAUCAAUUUGCAAUUGGGUUGAUUGACGGGUCAGUUAAAGUUCUUGAACCUCUAGUGUCAGAGGCUAAGUGGGGAGUCUCUCCAACUGUUGAUAACAUGCUAAGUGGAAGGGUGGGAUCAUCUUCCUAAUCACACACCAGAUCAAGUUCAAAAUAUGAAACAUUUAUAAAUAAAUAUAUAAAUAUAAUAAAAUUCUCUACCCACCACCUGUAUUGAUAUUAUUAAAACUCUCUAAUUUCCCGUCUCAAAAAACAUGGUCAUCUAAACAGACUAAAC